AUGGCAGUGGAGGACCCCAUUCUUUGUUCAAGUCUCUCUUUUUGGUUGUUCUCAACCUAUAUUAAAGGAAAAACACAAUUUCCAGAAUUUAGUUAUACGACAACUUUGGAUGACAUCACAGUUGGAUACUAUAAUUCAGAGACUUAUAUUCCAAGAGGUAAUACAACAAAUGAGGAUGACGUGAUUCAUUCAGAUUACAUCAUUAGUAUAAGUCACUACAUGCAUGAAUCCUUUAUGAGAAGAUCGCGACUGCUGGGGCAAGACAACAAAAAUGACAGUCUUGAUGUUUAUCAGACACUAGUUGUCUGUGAGCUGCUGGACUUUCACACUUCUGGAAAAAUGAUUACUAAAGAUGCUGCCAAAGGCUGCACCACAGAUGAGUUGUGCUAUUUCAACAAGACGUUUUCUUAUACUGUGACUGCAACUAUUGGACAAGAUCUGCUGAAACCCCACCUUGAAGAAUUCAAGAUGAAAUUUGAACAGUUCUUUUACCCAGUGUGUAUAGAUACUCUAAAGAAUUACGUCAAAAAAAGAGAAAUAGAAAUAAAUAGAAAAGUGAAACCACAAGUCAGGCUCAUCCAGAAAGCUUCAGAUUCUGGAGGGUUUGUAGUGAGUUGUUUAGCGACAGGAUUUUACCCUCGUCACAUCAACCUGACCUUGUUAAGAGAUGGACAGCCUGUAUCUGAUCAUGAGUUCACUGGAGGAGAUCUGCUGCCCAAUGGAGACGGGACGUACCAGAUGAGGAAGAGUCUGGAGAUCAGCGCAGAGGAGAGAGAAAAACACAAUUACACCUGCUCUGCAAAACACAUGGGCGAAGAAUAUCACAUUGAUUUGGAAUUUGAACCAGGCGAACCAUAUAAACCAGUGAUUUUCUCAGUGCUGAUCAGUUUGACGUUGGUCUUGGUGUUUGGGAUUGGAGUUUUCAUAUAUAGGUGCAGGAAGAGAAGAGCAGGUAUGGCAAAAAAUCAAUGUAAAGAAUUAAAAAUUAUUCAGUGUUGUGUUAGAAGAAAAAUCUGA